AUGAUAAAGGUUUAUGGCGUGAUUGGUGACACUCCUGCUCUGAAUUUAAUAUUGAACCAUAAAUCACACGUUGGAUACAGCUGCUGUUGGUAUUGCCAUAUCAUAGGAACACAUAUUGGUGGCAAAAGACAAUAUUAUUAUGAUGAAAAUGUCUCGCUCAGAAGUGCUGCCGAUUUUGAAGCCGAUUCGAGAAGAGCAGAAAGCUUAGGAAAAUCCGUCAACGGGCGACAUGGAACAUCUAUUCUAAAAAAAGUUGUUGAUAUUCCAUUACCUGAUUCUAUCGUUGCUGAUUAUUUACAUACAACACUUCUUGGCCAUGCAAAAGCUGUGUGUGUUUAUUUGUACAAGCAAUACAUGCGACCUCAGGAACGUAUCCAUUUCAACAAGAAAAUUCGUGCGCAACGAUUUCCACAUUUUUUCAACCGAAAAAUUCGAACGUUCGAAGAGCCAUAUCUAAAAGCUACAGAAAUAAGAAAUAUGUUUCUAUUUUGUAUAUUACCUAUGAUUCGAGAAAUACUCCAUGUUGAUCUAGUGGCACAUCUUGCACUUUUCGUCCUUGGAAUUCGUUUGCUUCACGGUCGACCAGAGUUUGGCAAUCGAACUGCAGACAUUGCUAAUAAACUUCUGACAAUAUACUAUCGCGAUCACGAAACCUUUUACGUUGGUUUGCAAAACUUCGUGCUUCAUAUUCACAGCCAUUUCGCUGACCUUUACAAAAAGCACGGCAGCUUAUGCAACAUCAAUACCUUCUCACAAGAAGAUCUUAUGGGCGUUGUGUCAAAGUUAAAGCACGGAGCUAAUCAUUGGGCAGAUCAACUCGUCUUUUAUUUAAAUAUUGAUUUUGCAUUGAACAAUGAAGUGAAUCAUACGGAACCAACAGUUUUGAUUCGAACACCUAAGGGAGUGUUUGAUAAUACACUUAUGCCUAAUGAAUUAUGUCAGGUAGUUUCAAGUUUUACUCCUGAAAAUGCUUUUAGUCAUGUUUACAUACAUAUUUAG